AUGUCUCCUUCUAAGGAGCGCGCCGUGAGUCGCUGGGUGGAAGAUUCUCUCUGCGAAUUAGAAGGCGGGGAGCUGGGGGAUGGUAUAGAUUCCCCGGGGAAGGAAUCUUCGUCGUCGUCCUCCCGCCGCCGCGCGUCCGGCUCUCGGCGCGACGAGUACGGGGCGGACGGGGAUUACGAUGAGAGAUCGAGCGGCAGCGGAAGGCGCGGGAAUCCGCGCGAGCGGGACGGGGGAGCGGGGUAUGAAGGCUCCCCGCGCACGCCCCCCCCGCGGUCGGCGUCCCGCGGGGGGGGGCGGAACGCGGACGAGGCGGUCACUCCGGGGAGGUCGCACCUCAGACCGGUGGGGGACGCCGCCGGCCGCCCGCCUUCCCGCGGAGGUCCGGGGAGCCUUGACCCGUCGCUGGGCGGGCGCGCGAAGAGUUUCGGGCGGCGGAGCGUGGCGGAAGGCGGCGGAGCGGAGUUGCGCCCCCGCACGCCGUCCGGCGCGGAGCUGCUCGCGCGGCCGGGGACGGCGGAGGGGCGGCGCCCGCGGACGGCGGACGUGAACUCCGCGUAUGCGCGCCCGGGCGUCCCGCGGAGCAUGUCCACCGCGGAGGCCGCCCUCGCGGGACCGGGGGGGUCCCUGAAGGAGCGCGACCGGGGGGGGGAGGGCGGAAGGAUGCCCACUGUCCCCCGCUCCGCCUCCGAAGUGAUGCCUGAAGACCUCGGCGGAGGCGGAGGGGGCGGGGGCGGCGCGCGCAGGGCCCCCCUUAGGUCUCCCAGCACAAGUCUGCGGUCUAGCUCGGUAUCUAAAGACUAUGAGGACGAAAGGGGCUGGAGCGGGGGCGGCGGGGGGCAUGGGAGCCAGGACCGUCCGUAUACUUCGCAUGGGUAUGGGCGGCGGAGGGAGGAGUACGGGGGAGACGAGAGGGGCGGCGGGGGAAGAUACGAGGGGGAGAGUCAUAUGGAUGAGGAGCAUAGGCGGCUAGCUAUGGAGCUCGAACGAGAGAGGGAGGAGAGGAGGAAACUACAGGAGGAGUUGAAGAGAAUGGAGAGGGAGGUUAAGGAGAAGGAUGAUAGGAAGAGGACGGAUAAGGAGAGGAGGACGAUAGAGAAGGAGAGAUUAGUCGCUGACGUGGCGGCUUUGAAGCUGCCCGUGGACCGGAUUGCAGUGGAGGAAAAGAAACCUGCCCGGAGAGGAAUAUUUUCGGUGUUUUCCAGCCGCCCGAAAACGCCAGAUGUGGACAAAGCGGCGGGGAUGGCGCAGGGGAACACUGUAGCAGUGGUGCCACAACCCUCCCCAGGGGCUAGGCCAGUCACACCGGAAGGGUUACAAGCCAGGCUGACCAGAAAAAACAGAGAGGUGAUUCGGGCAGCGAGAAAAGAAGCGGCAGCAGCGGGAGGGGGGGGAGGGGGAGCAGGGGGCGGAGUCGGGGGAGGCGGAGGGGGAGGGGGAGGGAGCGCGGAUCAGGGGGGAACUGUGAAUAUAUUGAAGCGGCCUUUAGCGGAUGUGAAGGAGGCUUAUAAGGUGGAUAAGAAUGAGCUGGGGCGAGGGAGGUUUGGGUGCAUUGCUGUGUGCCGCGUGUGCAUGGGCGUGAUGGGGGAGUGUGUGUGCCGCGUGUGCAUGGGCGUGAUGGGGGAGUGUGUGUGCCGCGUGUGCAUGGGCGUGAUGGGGGAGUGUGUGUGCCGCGUGUGCAUGGGCGUGAUGGGGGAGUGUGUGUGCCGCGUGUGCAUGGGCGUGAUGGGGGAGUGUGUGUGCCGCGUGUGCAUGGGCGUGAUGGGGGAGUGUGUGUGCCGCGUGUGCAUGGGCGUGAUGGGGGAGUGUGUGUGCCGUGUGUCAGGGGAGAGAUUCGCGUGCAAGUCGAUCAGCAAAAGCAUGCUGCAGUGCCAGCAGGACAUAGGGGACGCGCGCAGGGAGGUAGCGUGCCAGCAGGACAUAGAGGACGUGCGGAGGGAGGUGGCGGUGAUGGAGAUGCUUAAGGGGCACCCCAGCAUUUGCCAGCAGGAUAUAGAGGACGUGCGGAGGGAGGUAGCGGUGAUGGAGAUGCUUAGAGGCCAUCCCAGCAUUGUCAACCUGCGCAACGCCUUUGAGGACGCUCAGGUGAGGGGAAUGGAGGGAGAGGCGGGCAGAAAGGCGGACAGAGGGAUGGGCAGAGGGGCGGGCAGGCGAGACGUUCAGGGCAGGGGAAUGGGGGGAGGUGGCGGUGAGGUGAUGGAGCUGCUGAAGGGCCAUCCCAGCAUUGUCAACCUGCGCAACGCGUUUGAGGACGCACAGGGAGGGGGAUGCGCAGGGGAGGAGGAGGAGGGGCUGCUGAGGUGCCAUCCCAGCAUUGUCAACCUGCGCAACGCCUUUGAGGACGCUCAGGGAGGGGGAUGCGCAGGGGAGGAGGAGGAGGGGCUGCUGAGGUGCCAUCCCAGCAUUGUCAACCUGCGCAACGCCUUUGAAGACGCUCAGGUGAGGAGGAUGGAGGGGAGUUGGGCCGUGUGUGGGGUUGGGGGCUCACCCCGCCCCACCGCACUGCAACCCACCCCACCCUCCCCACCGCACUGCAACCCACCCCACCCUCCCCACCGCACUGCAACCCACCCCAUCCCUCACCCCAAACCGCGCAUAAUCAUGGAGAUCAUGCACCCAGCUCCACCCCUCACCACCUCCCACCACCCCACCCUACCUUCCUCCGCACCACCCCCUUAG